AUGGUCAACUCAGAGAAGGGCCGGUUCUCGUUCACUUUGACACCAACGGCCCAAGAACCGCACAUCCACGAGCCAGUGACAGGAGAUACCAAUGCACAGUCCGACGGUGGGGUAUUCGAUCGAAAUCCUUUUGAAGAUGGUCAAAGCAAUCUCAAUCCGGAGCGCGGGGAGGAGUGGGCCGCUCUAGAGAAGCGGGUACGAUGGAAAGUCGAUCUCCGUCUUUGUAGCAUCGGUGGGCUCUUGUGCAGUCUCAAUUUGUUAGACUCGGGUAUUUUGUCCUCAGCCUCGGUAACGACCAUGCUCAAUGAUCUUGAAUUAAACCAGGGAAACCGGUAUUCUGUCUCCAUCUUUAUUUUCACAAUCUCCAGUGUGAUCUUUCAGCUACCGUGUACAGUCGCAGUUCGCUUUGUCGGCCCACGCAUCUGGUUUGCCACCAUCACAUUCGUAUUUGGGCUGUUGACACUAUGCACUGCUUUCGUCCACACCUGGCAGCAGAUGAUAGUCCUGCGUGUGCUACUCGGAAUUUCUAUGUCCGGCAUUUACCCUGGUCUAACCUACCUGGUCAGUGCCUGGUACCCGCGAGGAGAGCAACAGCUCCGAUUUGCAUUUUUACAGUCCGGGGAAGUUGUGAUCCUGGCCACUGGCAAUAUUGUAAAUUUUGGUCUCAAUCAUCUAAACGGCGUGGCCGGGUUGGCGGGUUGGCGUUGGAUGUAUGUUGUCCAGGGUCUCAUUACUUGCGUCCUGGGUAUCAUUACCUAUUGGUGGAUGGUUGAAUUCCCCGAGAACGCUCAGCGUAGCUUUUGCUUUCUUUCGGACCAGGAAGCGUGUCUCGCAAUGCGCCGAAUUCAGGACGAUCGAGCUGAUGUUAUCCCGGAACCGUUUUCCUGGGGCACGCUUCUUGCUAAUUUCAAGGAUCCGAAGAUCUAUGGUUUCGCGGUCAUGUUUUUCUUGCUCAAUCUCAUCUCGACUGCCUUGUCGUAUUUUCUACCCAUCAUCUUACAAUCUGGUAUGGGUUUCAGCGCAAACAAAUCCAUUCUGCUCUCCACGCCGCCUUACUACUAUGCCGUCAUCCCGGUUAUUCUCACAUCACUUAUUGGUGAUUUCUACCGCGUUCGUGGGCCGCUGAUCAUCUUCAAUGCCCUAGUCCUCAUCGCUGGUUUUCUUAUGCUCGGUCUUGCCGCAUCCACCCUGGUCACAGUGCGUUACAUCGGCACCUUCUUGGCUACCGGCGCUUAUAUCUCGAACUGGGCUGCCCUCAAUGCUUUCCAGGCCAACAAUAUCGUGGGCCAGUGGAAACGAGUGGCCACUGCAGCGGCGGUCACUGCAUUCAAUGGACUUGGAGGUGUGGCAGGCAGCUAUAUUGUUCGGCAGCAAGAAGCCCCGCACUAUCAAACCGCAGUUUGGGUAUCAGUCGGUUCCCACAUUCUUCUCAUUGCGAUCGUGGGCGCAUUCGCAAUUCACUUUUACGUUGCCAAUCGCCAGCAAGGGCAGGGAUUUAAGAUCCUUGAGGGUGUUGUGAGUGCUUCUUCUCAAUGA